CAGAGGGUCGCGCGAGACAGAGUCGCGCGAGAAAGAGAGAGAGAGAGAGAGAGUCGCACGAGAGAGUCGUGCGACAGAGUCGCGCGAGAAAGAGAGAGAGAGAGAGAGAGAGUCGCACGAGAGAGUCGUGCGAGAGAGUCGCGCGAGAAAGAGAGAGAGAGAGAGUCGCACGAGAGAGUCGUGCGAGACAGAGUCGCGCGAGAAAGAGAGAGAGAGAGAGAGUCGUGCGAUGAAGCGCCCGAGAGCGCCGGUCGGCACGCGAGGGGUGGACCGCCGCCGCGCCGUGGGUCGUGGGGAGGGACGGGGCUGGGGGAGGGCAAGGCAGGCGUUUGAUUGUGUUUGUCCGGGCACUGGGGAGGGAUGGGUCUCGGGCUGGGGAGGGAAUGUGUUUGCGCGGGUGUGGGACGGGGACAAUGACCGGGGUUUGGGAGUAUGACCGGGGGAGGGGAGUUUAAAUGACGAGGGAGAGAGACGACGGACGAUGCGGCGGAGGAAAGGAGACGUGACGGAAUAAGGGAGCGAUCAGAUGACAGCAAACGACUGAGCGAGCGAGCGCAUGGAAAUGUUGGCCCCGAACACAUGACCGAGCAAGUGCCAGUCAGGCGCGGAAUACCCUAUCCGCUGAACAUCAAGGUCCGAGGAUCACGACGCAUUUGCUCAAAUCACGUGUUCGCGGCCAAUUACUGAGGUAUGUUUGGGGCGCACGCGGGAAAAGGGUUAUGGACUUGGUGAGGAGGAGGGAUGACGGAUUGUGAGUGAAAGAGCAGGGUCUGAGACUGAUAUUGAGACUGAGACAGAGACAGAGACGGAGACAAAGACAGAGACAGAGACGAAGGCUGAACAGAGAGAGUGAGAGAGAGAGAGAGAGUAAGCGAUAGAGAAUAGAGAGACAGAGAGAGAGAGAGAGAGGGAGAGAGAGAGAGAGGGGAGAGAGAGAGAGAGAGAGAGAGAGAGAAACAGACGAAUGAGAGCGGGGAGUGCAUGGAUGUGUGAGACCACCAGCUAACGUGAGUGGUGGAUGUCGGCCCGGUUUUGGGUUAGGCAUGCUGUAUUACAACUGUGGUUAGACUAGUUUCUACAUGGUGGUGGACUGGUUCGAGGUUUCGCUGUCAUUAAUAAAAAUCCACAUUCCCAUUCAAAAUUAUCGAACGGUCACAAACCUUUCCCCAUAGUGAAUGCUGUAACAGAUGAAGCGUAAUAAGGUAACUACAUUUAGUCAGAUUUCAUGUGAACCGAGGCUGCAAGUGUUAAUGAUUCAGAAAAAUGUAUGCCGCAGAGUGUCGCGAUGUGUGUAUGUGUGUUAUGUACGGGCCGGAAUGAUUGAGGGGAGGGAAAGCCCCUGCUCUCCCACGGGCGACGGCGGUGAUCCGUUCUCCAACUCGCCGCACCGUACGCCAGCCGCCCCGCCGCUCCCGGCGGCGACUACUGCCGCAGCAAGUCGGGGGCGGUGGGCGCGCGGCCGCCGACCCCGCCGCUCCAGCCGUCUGCCCGGCUGCCCGGAAGCCGCGGCGCCCAAGAGCCGCGGUGGUACGGGCGGCUGCGCUCGGCUGCCGACCCCGCCGCUCCAGCCGUCUGCGCGGCUGCCCGGAAGCCGCGGCACUCAAGAGCCGCGGCGGUACGGGCGGCUGCGCGCGGCCGCCGACCUCGCCGUUCCGGCCGUUCACCUCGCCUCCCGGUCCGCCGCAGCAUUCAAGAGCCGCGGCGGGAGGGACGAAGCUCUACCGCCCAUCUCGCUGCCCAAAAUGCCCGCUGCCCCGCGCCGAUCCCGCGGCUACUACUGCCGCGCCAGCUCGGGGCGGCGGCACUCGCCCACGGACCUCCGCCCGCCCGUCUCCAGCGACGAUAACGCCCGCGGCAGGACGGGAGCGGCGGCGCUCAUACGGCCAUCAGGCCGCGCGAUCCGCCAGCCGUCCCGUCCAGCCCCCGGCAGUACGGCGGGCGGCGGAGCUCGGCCCGUCUCACCACCGCGCCGGUCAGCAGCCUGCGGCCGCCCCACUGGAAACCGCGGUGCCAAUGGCCGCGGCGGUACAGUGUGUGACGGCGGCCGGGCCGGCCGACCUGACGGCCCCGCCGGCUCUGCACGGGCUGGGAUACAGCCGAACCACCUGUCGACAGCCGCCCGAUCCAGAACCAGCGGCCCGAGUAUCCGCGGCAGCAUAUGGUCGGGCGGCAGCUUCAGGUGCCGGCCGUGCAGAGGCGCCACAUGACAGCUCCCGGGGGUCGACGCCCUCCACCGGUGGCGUACCCAGCUGGCGGCAGCGUGACAGGCGGCGGGCACGGCGCACCACCCGCGCACAUGAGCCGCCGCCGUCGCCGCCGCCACCGCCACCUGGUGGUUGAUCGACGCCCUAUACCGGUGGCGUACCAAGCUGGCGGUAGCGUGACAGGCGGCGGGCACGGCGCACCACCCGCGCCAAUGAACCGCCGCCGCCGCCGCCGCCACCGCCACCUGGUGGCGCGACCCCGGGACGCCUGGCGGGAGCCGUCCAACUCUGAGGCGGGCUUGGCAGGAGGAGACGGUCGCCACGACACCUAGCGGCGCGCGAGCACGCACCUUACAAACGGGGGCAGUAGCUGCAGCUCGGGAGGUCCCGGACUGUGGCGGUGGCGCUGGGAUGAAGGUACGGCCGCCCAAGAAGGCGGCCAUCUAUCCAGGUGUCCACCGCCCGCCACAACCGGCCAUGGGCAGCAGCGUGCGCCCCCGGCAGUGCAUCGCGCGCCGCCGUUCGAGGCGGCCUGUGCAGCGCGGAUAAACUCAGGGCGGAAAGGAAGGAGCGGAAUGAACUCGAGGUGAUGCGGGCGAGCGGAUCAGUGCGGGUCACGGAUUGGAGCGGCGAACAAUACGGCAAGCGUGUGAUGCGAUUGGCAGGAGAACGGACACGGACAAUCAUUGAGAGGGAGCUGGGGGCUGGGCGAUCGAGUGUAAUGAACUGAUGUAAGUUGGAUGUAUGUGGUAUGAAUGAAUCAGGCAGGAUAAUUAUUGAUAUAGACCAUAGCGAAAGCUUCACCUGGAGAGUAAGGGGACCCCUUUUUGACCGUUCGAGGGAGGGGGCAUUAUUAUGUAAGGGCAAAAUUUAGCGCGACGUGUACGUCGGAGAGGAGCGGCGGGCCGGGGUACCAGAGUGCGUGUAAGGCCAGUCCGCCGUAUGAUAGCCUCCGGCGGGAAAGGCGUGCCCGCCGGGUGAAAGGCUGCGGCUGGCCGGCACCUGGGACUCGCGGGCCCGUCUCUCGGGGCAUUUGCCAGUGCGGUGUCGUCGGGGCAACAUCUUUCGGUAAGCGAACUUUUCCCUCCCCCCUAAAUUAACGCCGCAGCGCCCAGGCGCUGCGGAAGUCCCCGACAAAUGUCCUGGAUUUCAUUUGGCUUUCCGACCCGCCGCAAAUAGCGGUGGGCACCCCCGUUAUAUCCAGGACAGUCCCAUCUAAAUUAUAAUUAAUCGGCGCGGCGCGUGGCGUAUAUGAGUGAGCGAUUGUAAGUGUGAUGUAUAUAGUGUGCGUGAGGAAAAUGGUCCGAGAGAAUGACACUUCGUCCCGCGAGACCAAAAUACAAUGUAAUGGGAAUGUGAGCCAAAUCUUUCAAUGGGGUAAAGGCAGAUGCCGGGCUGAUACACGGUGAACGUGAACGAACAAUCAUACGGGCCGCUUAGUUUAAUACACCCGGGUGGCAGGCGGGCAUUGUAGAGUAACUUUGAUUAACGUAAUGUCUGUACAUGGGGGGAACCAUUAAAAGGUUGCCGGUUCCGAUGCUUGAA